AUGUGGAUGCUAACAGGCUCAUCAAAGUUACCCCUGGAUGGAGCCAAUCUAUCUUCGCAAACCACAGCUAAUGAUAGAGAUACUCGUAUUGAAACGCCAUCAGAAGAACCAGCUACACAACCAGCACCAAAGCAGAAUAUUCUAUUAGGUUUUGGUGGAUUCUUGUCUAAAUUACCCCAGAUUCAACAUGAUUUUGGCCCUGAGCCAUUAGCAUAUACUCGAUUAAGAGAGAGACGACGAGCAGCGAUCAAGAAGUCAUUCCUUCAUGGCUGGAAGGGUUACACAACAUACGCUUUUGGCCAUGAUGAAUUGAAGCCUCUCUCCAACAAGCCCAAAGAUCCCUUUGGCGGAUGGGGUGCAACCAUGGUCGAUGCCUUAAGCACAUUAGCUGUGAUGGAGCUACCAGGCGAAUUUCUCAAGGUGAUGCCUCGUUUACACAAGAUCAACUUUAAAGUGGAUGAAGACAUCAGCGUAUUUGAAUCCAUUAUUCGAUAUUUGGGAGGGUUUCUGAGUGCAUUUGAAUUGACUGAAAGAAAGCAAGAUAUACUGCUUCAAAAAGCAGAGAAAUUGGCGCAGGAAUUGUUGCCUGCUUUUGAGACGCCCUCAGGGCUUCCCCAUCAUCUCUGGAACCCAGUGCAAAAUAAAUCAAACAACAGAGAGACCUUGAUUGCUGAAGUAGGCACAGUUCAACUCGAGUUUAUGAUGCUGUCUCAGCUUUCAGGCAAUCCCAUAUAUAGUCAAAAGGCUCAAGCAAUUACUGAUUUUUUGGAUAAAAUGGGGUACGAGCAUGGCAUUUACAUCAAGGGAUUGUAUCCAACAUCAAUUGAUACGCAUAAGGGAAGAUUUAAGGAUGCUAUCACGACAUUUGGUGCAAUGGGAGAUAGUGCAUUCGAGUACUUUUUAAAAGAGCAUCUAUUGGUGGAUGGUACUAUUCCACAGUACGGACGAAUGUACAUGCAAUCAAUCAAAAGCAUGAAGCAAUACAUGCUCCGCCAAAUCCCAGGAUACGACAUGUUGUUACUACCGCCUUUCAACACGCAAACCAGCACAUCCAAGGACGCAAUGGAUCACUUGACUUGCUUUGUGCCAGGUAUGUUGGCUAUGGGAGCAAAGACGUUUAACGAGCCAGAGGAUAUGGAAAUUGCCAAAGGUCUCAUGGAAACAUGUGUUUUCAUGUAUCGUACAACAAAGACGGGUUUAAGUCCAGAAAAUUGGGUGGUUUCCAAGACAGAAGCAUAUAAUCCCAUGACGUUCAACAAGACGAAAGAAGAGCUUCAAUUAGCGAGAGACUGGUGGUAUGAUGAUGAAUUGCAGAACCCAUUGAUCAAAACACAAUCCAACGAAUCAUUGGUGGAGAGGGUUGAGGCACAACAAAAGGUUUUGGAGGAAGAGGAGGAGAAAUCGCAAGAGUAUUUUGUUGAUUACAAGUUACCACCUGUGAAAGAGAGACCCGACUCAUUAUUUUUUGGCGACAAGAGAUAUAUUCUGCGUCCAGAAACAGUAGAAAGCUUAUUUAUACUUUAUAGAAUCACAGGAGAUCAGAAAUAUCAGGAGUAUGGAUGGGAAAUAUACCAAGCCAUUGAAAAGCAUUGCAAGACAAAGAGCGCCUAUGCUACCAUUCGCAAUGUGGAUAAAAUCAGAGGCGAAGAUGAAGAUGACGAAGGAGAACCGCUGGAAGGAUUCAAUCAGAUUGAUUCGAUGGAGAGCUUCCUUUUUGCCGAAACAUUCAAGUAUUUGUAUUUGUUAUUCAGUCCUCCUGAAAUCAUUUCUUUGGACAAGUUCGUAUUCAAUACAGAAGCACAUCCCUUUAUUCGUAGACAAUGGAAUUGGGACAAAAUCUUCAACUAA